AGCAGAUUUCCGCAAGUAUUCCUUACCUUUUGUGCCGAGCCAGCCUAGCGAUGAAUACCUCAGUGCCCCUCCGCUCGUUCAUUGGCACCUUUCGAGCCUCAUCGCCACGAAGAGUCAAUCUCGCACCUCGCAAUGCCAUAGACCUUAUCAACGGGGCGAGAUACCUCUCCGGUUCGUCAAGAGCUUGCGUCAAUUUGACGCGACCGACAUCACGAACAGCCACCACAGCUGCAAAGCCGGCAGCUUCAGAACCAGCAGCGGUGGCACCCAAGGCUACGCCGCCAACUGAGCCCAACUCUUUCUCAUCAAGCGCAAUAUCCCCUGCAAACCAUCGUUCUCUAUCCUCCGGUCUCAAUGACUUACCGCCCCCCUCAGGCGAACCUUUGCCAGAUGCGAAUCCCAUCAGUUCUAGUGGCAACCCAGUGGACUGGUCGCGUUCCUUUCAUGGCCUCUCUUCCGUGCCAUUCAGCGAAAAGGCCUCGGAAGCGCUCAUGGCGCCUCUAAGCCCCGAUGAUGUAGAAAUCAAACCCGACGGUAUAAUAUACUUGCCUGAAAUCAAGUACAGGAGGAUACUCAACAAAGCGUUUGGGCCCGGAGGAUGGGGACUUGCGCCGAGAGGGGAGACAAUCGUUACAGGCAAGAGUGUAACACGGGAGUAUGGACUCGUUGUUCACGGACGACUCGUUUCGAUAGCUCGCGGUGAACAACAGUACUUUGACCCAGAGGGAAUACCGACCGCCACGGAAGGCUGCAAAUCUAACGCACUCAUGCGAUGCUGCAAAGAUCUGGGCAUAGCCAGUGAGCUGUGGGACCCCGUGUUUAUCCGCAAAUUCAAGGCACAGUACAGUAAAGAGGUGUGGGUCGAACACAUCACGAGCAAGCGAAAGAAGAAAAUCUUCAUGCGCAAGGAUGUUGAUGUCCCCCCGAGCGGAUUCAAAUUCUCAUGACAGAUACAAAGAGUCCAUGUCUUGAGAGACGGAAGCUCGUGCGACGAUUGCUGCAUUGUGGAACACAGCAGCCCGGCCCCAGACAUCCAAGGCACAUGAUUCGGGAAGCAGAUCGACAGAAGAUCUAGGCAUUUAGUCACUUGAAAGUUGACUGCCCGACGUUCCUGAAGGACUGAUAACACGUGCAUAGAGCAGUGCAAUGUGCUCUUCUAUAUCCAGUCGCGCUAGGAAGCGCAUGUACAUGAAGAUAGACGUAGAUGUGUCUGCAUUGUCCUGGCGACAUAUACCCACUCCGCACUAGAAUUGAAAUCGUCGUUCUCGGCGCCAUAUCUCCC